GCGCUAACGACAGCGACAGACAAAGAUAUAGCGACGUCACCAGCAGGCGACGACGACAUCCACUCCUCUCCUCCAACAACAACAAAGCAGAGCAAGGACAAGGAAACGAGCGAGGCUUGUGUGCGGCGAACGUGAGAGACAGCGAAGUGAGAAGUGAUACAGAGAGACACAGCAGAGACACAGCAGAGGGAGACAGAGAGAGACAGACAGAGAGGAAGUGAUGCCACCUCCACCACCACCUCCACCGCCACCGCCGCCACCUCCUCCUCCAGCCACGGAUGGAGGGGCGCCUCCCCCGCCACCACCGCCUCCACCACCACCUGCAACCUCGACAGGCGGACCACCACCGCCACCUCCACCUCCUCCACCUCCUCCUGCCAAUGGAAGCGGUGCGCCGCCGCCGCCGCCGCCAGCACCACCAGCGCCGCCAGCAGCAGCACCUCAAACUACAACGACGACGACGGAGCCAGCGGCGGCAAGCAUGAAUGGAACGCCAAACGGUGCACCCGCUCAAGGUGAACAACAGCAGCAACAGCAGCAAGAUGGAGAAAAGAACUGGGAGCGUGCGUGGACGCUGCAGGAGAUGCGGGCCGCCAGCACCCGCUGGUCCCUCGCGGCCGACUGUGGCCUCCUCAAAUACCUCCAAGACUUUUCCCGCCGCGUGUUGUCAAAGACAUCAGAGGUGGAAAAGGCCGUGGAUUCGCUCGUUGCAGAGACGCGGGAGACAGACGUGCGCGUGUCAAACGUCUUCAACGAAUUCCUCAUGCUCUCCAACUCACAGUUCAUUGAGAACCGCGUGUACGAAGACACAACAGACAUUGAAAAGCCCACAGAAGCUGAGGCGCCUGAAGAGAAGACAGAGGAGAAAACACAGGAGGAAAAAGAGGCAGAGAUUAUCCCAAAGUUUAAGCAGUCCGUCUUCCUCGGCCUCAAGGUGUUUGACGAAGCGUUUGACCUGGUUGAGCAAGAAGUUGAAGUGCCGAACGAUCACAGCGACGACGACGACGAUACGGCGCCGGAACAGCACCCAGACGGACCGCGCAUGCAGACCAUCACCACAUACGAGAUCAAGGAGGAGGAAGAGGAGGCUGUGCUUGAUGACGACCACAGCGACGCGUCGUCCGUCGUCUCGGAGGCCGACGAGGCAGAGUCCCUCGCAGCACCAGCAGAGACACAGCAAGUUGCGGAUCCGUUUGAGGACGGCAGCGGGUCUGAAGCGACGAGUAACGUCCUGAACUUCGAUGACUCCUCGGACGAAGACGAUUUCGAGGCCGCGAUGCAGCCACGAUCGGCGACAACAGCAGCAGCAGCAGCAGGUGGCGGUGGUGAUGAUGAGUACAUUGAUGUUGAUGGCACGGAGCAGGAGCAAGGCGGGGAGAGCGCCAUGGCUGGACCUGCCCGCACCAUGUUGCCACCGCCCGGUGCUGUGCGCAUGUACGAUUCCGACGAUGAUGAUGACGAUGAUGAUGAUCUCUUUGGCGACGUGACAGUGGCGGCGGCACCAACAGCAGCUGCACAGCAACCAACGAAGAAGAAAAAGGCUGGUGGUGGUCUUGAUCUCUUUGGCGACAACGACGAUGAUGAUGACGACGACGACGAAUGGGGUCUGGGUAUCCCCACACAACAGCAGCACCAGCACCAGCACCAGCACCAGCACCAGCACCAGCAGCAGGAAGCGUCGGAGGAAGGCGCCGAUGGUGAGGCUGCUGCUGGUGGUGACGAUGAGUCAUCGCAGCUCAAGCCGCCAGGCGGGGCGAUGGCGCUGCCACAUAUGGGGGAGCUGAUGAAGGCGAUGAAGGCGCGCACGCGGCAGGCACCAUCCAGCGACGAGGAGGAGGAGGAGGAGAAUGACGACGAUGAAGAUGUGGGUGGAGGUGACCGCGCUGCCACAGCGCAGACACAGCAGAAGCAGCAGCAGCAGCAGCAGCAGCAGAAGGUGAAGAAGGAUGAAGGGAAGAAAGCGAAGACAGGGGCAUCCGCUGCUGCUGCGCGUGUUGGUGGUCUCUUUGCUGGCCAAGGUGAUGACGAUGACGAUGAUGAUGACGGCGACUUCAUGUCUGCUGCCAAGCCGGCUGCUGCGCCCGUGUCCGCCCCCGCAAAGAAAAAGCCGCUGAGUUUGUUUGGUGGUGACGAUGAUGAUGAUGACGACGAGGCAGACAGCCUCUUUGCCCCGCUCCCACGCGUCACACAGCAGCAGCAGCAGCAGCAGCAACAGCCCACACCUGCUGCAGGUGGUGAUGAUGAGGUCACAGGACCAACGGCAGAGGCAAAGGCCACGAAGCCAAAGGUGAAGAAGAGCCUGUUUGAUCUCUCGGACGAUGAGGAGGAUGACGACACGCUGUUUGGUGCAGCGCCAACCGCAACAGCAGCAGCAACCAAGCCAAAGACCGGUGGCAAGGGCAAGAGCCUGUUUGCCACCGACGACGACGACGACGACGACGAGGGUGAGGGUGAAGGUGACGAGGGCGGCUUUGGCGCUGCCGGUGCAACCAAGGCAGAACAGCAGCAGCUGCUGCUGCAGGGGGAUGAGAGCACGGGUGGUGAUGGUGGCGGGGAAGAGGAAGACGUGAAGGCCACGAAGCGGCGGCCGUUUGGUGGGAUGGGACUCGGGGUGACAGCCGACCUGACCAGUGCACUGAAGAAGCGACAGCAGCAGCAGCCGGCGGCAUCGAAGCAGGCAGCCACCGAACCUGAGCAUGAGCAUGGCGAGAGCGCAGGCACGAAGGCAGGUGCAGAAGCAGCGGAAGAGCCGAGCAAGGCUGGGGCGGCAAAGACUGGCAGUACGGCGAUGGGUAAGGCGAGCAAGGCGAAAUCGCUGUUUGACGACAGCAUGGUUGAUGAUGAGGACGAUGAUGAUUUGUUUGCUGCACAACCAAAGCCAGCGAAGAAGAGCGUACCGCUGCCAGCAGCGGCCGCCAAGACAGCGACAACGACAACGCGACGUGCUGCCAGCAUGUUUGGCGAUGAUGAAGAUGAGGAGGACGAUGAUGACCUGUUUGGCAGCUCAAAGCCCGCCGCCACCUCAUCGCCGAAGCCAAAGGCAGCACCACCAUCAUCGUCAGCUGCUGCACCAAAGGCCAAGUCCCUCUUUGGAGGCGGUGAUGAUGACGAUGAUGACGACGAUUCGUUCUUUGCGACGCCAGCCCGCUCGUCGAGCGCCAACAAGAAGAUUUCAUCUCUCGGCGCCGCCAUUGCGGGCUCCAUCCGCAAGCCGGGCGACCACCAGCCAACCCCCAAGAGGACUGAGGGCCCAAAGGCCUCCUUCGAUGCGCCCAUGACCACGACCCACACCCUCACAUCCGCCGCCAAGACGCGCGCAAAGAUCCAGAAGGGCACGCGUCGGCUGCCCACCCGCACCUCCCGCCGCCGCAGCGGCAGGGGUGCAGCUGCAGCAACAACAUCGACGCCAAAGCGAGCUGCAACAACAUCAGCAGCAGCAACAUCAUCAUCACCGGCAUCAAAGCCAUUGGAUGCGAAGAAGGAAGAGAGUGGUGCAACAGCGACCGCCAUGAAGAAGAAGGCUGGACUCGGCGAUAUCUUCGGCGAGGCUGACGAUGAUGACGACGGGGACUUUGGCUUCUCCCCUUCUCCCACCAAGCCUGCUGCCAAGGAGAUUGCAGCAACAAAGGAAGCAGACGCCACCGCUGCUGUGACAACGAAGACGGAGGGCAAAGCCACCACAAGCAGCGGCAAACCAGCCACCACCGCUGCGCCCAUGAAGAAGGCAACAACAACGACGCCAGCCGCGAAGGCAACAGCAAACGGGAAGCCGGAGAUGAAGACGGACGAUGAUUUGUUCGGUGGUGAUGAUGACGACAUCUUCAGCGACCUGCCGCCAGCCCAGCCCAAGGCCAAGUCCAAGGCCAAGACGAAGAAGGCAGCCACCUCCUCCAAGGCAAAGAAGGCGGCGACCAAGGCCAACGGCACUGGUGCUGCUGCCGAUACGGCUGGCACGAACGGCGCGAGCGAUGUCGGCGCGGCCAAAAAGAGCAGCAGAACCACCGCAGCCACCACCGCAGCCACGAAGAAGAAGGCCACCAAGACAAAGAAGAAGACAGGAACUGCAGCAACAGGGACGACGAAGAAGGCGACAACAGCAAAGGCGGCGCUUGACGACAUCUUUGGCGAUGACGACGAUGACAUCUUCGCCUGAAUUCAGUCAUGGCUGCUGCUUGAAGUGUGCGACGUGUUUUUGCCUGCUCGCUUGCCUGGAAUGUGUUUUGGUUUUUUGUGGUUUCCAUGUUUCGCACAAGGUUGUGCCUGUUAGUACGCACUUAGACGCGCUGAUGUUUGAUCCACCGCCGGACGAGUUUGCCACUCUUCGGUCCUCCGAAUUACACCGUUGUGUUGUUUCCGUUUUACGUUUUGGUUUUGAUGAUCCCCAACCAAGCAACCAAAGCCAAC